CAGAGGUCACGUGGUACAGGGCGCGCCGCUUCGGGAGCAGUCGGCCGGCUCCGCAGGCGCAGCUGUGCGAUCAAUAGGAGGCGAGCGCGAGCGCUGCCUGGUCAGCUGACGGCGUAGCCUUCCCACCCGCCGACGCCAGUGCGUUCCGGCACAGCCUACGCGGCGCAUCUCCUGUCCACGCAGGAUUUCGCAGUACUGCGAGGGAACCAGAUCGUAGAGGCUUCGUCACAGAGCACAGAAUGGAUUGGAGACAGAUCUCGAGGGACGCGGGCCUGAUGCAGACGGCGACGAUGACGUGCGCGCUGUACCUGGAGCACUACCUGGACAGCCUGGAGCACCUGCCCAUAGAGCUGCAGCGCAACUUCACGCUGAUGCGCGACCUGGACGCGCGCGCCCAGGGCCUCAUGCGCAACAUCGACCGCAUGGCCAGCGAGUACCUGCGCCAGCUCAAGACGCUGCCGCCGCACAAGCGCAAAGAGCAGAUGAACACCAUCCAGCACCUGUUCAACAAGGCCAAGGAGUACGGAGACGACAAGGUGCAGCUCGCCAUCCAGACGUACGAGCUGGUGGACAAGCACAUCCGCCGGCUGGACGCCGACCUGGCCCGCUUCGAGGCCGAGAUCCAGGACAAGGCGCUGAGCACCUCGCGCAGCCAGCAGCAGCAGCUGCAGCAGCAGCAGCAACAGCAGCAGGAGGAAGCGUACGCGGGCAAGAAGGGCCGCAAGAAGCUGAAGGACAAGGAGCGCAAGAAGCGCGCGGGCAACGGCUCGUCCGAGGAGGAGGCGAGUGUCGCCUCCAAAGGAUCCCGCAAGAAGCACAAGAAGGGCAGCCUCGGGCUGGGCGGCUCUGGGCACGGGUCGAGCGCGUCGGGCAGCGGCGCCGGCCCGUCGUGCAGCGGCCUGGGCGGCUCCUCGCUCGUCGAGUGCAUCGACGUGCCCGUCGGCGUGGGGGGCGUGGGCGGCAUGCUGCCCAGCCUCGCCGCCAUCGCGCACCCCUCCGACGUGCUCGACAUGCCCGUCGACCCCAACGAGCCCACCUACUGUCUGUGCCACCAGGUGUCCUACGGCGAGAUGAUCGGCUGCGACAAUCCGGAUUGUCCCAUCGAGUGGUUCCACUUCGCGUGCGUCGGUCUCGUCACCAAGCCCAAGGGCAAGUGGUUCUGCCCCAAGUGCAACGCAGAUCGCAAGAAGAAGUAAACCAAACCCACAAUGCUCCCAACCACUCCUUCCUCAACUCCUGUAUACCCCGCACGAUCCACCCGCAGUUGCUGUGCGUACCACAUCACGCCACACGUUUCCCAAAAAAUGCACUGGCCGGACGUCUGUUUUCUUCUUUCGAUUGCCCUGUGUGUUUUACCCCUAUUUAUCCUUAUCUGAGGAAAGUGACUCUUUAUGUUUGUUCCAUUGCAUAUUAAGCCUUCUUUUACGCUAUUUGUGUGUUGUGAACUCGAAGAUAUUUCCGUCGUUGCCCGAGAGCGCUACACAGAACAAAGUGCUGCAAAAUCAUCAGCCGCGCGACAACUAAAGGUAAAUUCCGACUUUUGCCAUCCACGUAUUUUAUGUCCGAUCAUGAGCAGCACGUAUGCUGUUUUAAUGUUUUAUCACAUUCAUAUUUCCCUUUCAUCUCCACCCACACUUGUGCGUAGCAUAUCACCCUGCCUGUUUUCGAAAAAAAUGUACUGGCCAGCUGCCAGUAUUCUUCACUCCAUUGUCCUGUUUGUUUUGUUCCUAUUUACUCAUUAGGUAUGAGAAUUGAGAUAUGAGAAUUCGUUUUAUAUAUACGGGCACCAUCCACAGUCAAGGGUAACAACGCCAACUAUGACACAAAAUAUUGCGCGCGAAGUAAUUACAACGCUAAUUGAGAGCAUUCAGUGUCCUCGUGCACUGCACGAUCACGUAGGGUUUUCGCCGUGUCGCGCUCUUCGCCAAUACAGGAAUGGAAAAUUCAUUGUCCCCUUGAACAUUCAAAAUUUAACCUAUCUUUUACAACUACCGCUUUUGUCACAGAUAAAAUUGUUCCGCAUCGAUGGUCACGGCAGAUAGCCUACGGAAGAUCUGUCAUCGCCGUAGCUAGAUGCUAGAACAUACGAAUUUUUUUUCAGAUUUUAUAACCCGAAAUUCUCUGUGAAAUAUGACCUCGUGUUCAUAUUUUGUAACUUUGUUACCAUUUUUCAGUUACUUCGUGUUAUAUUUUUGGCACAUAUUCGUAGGUGUCCAGUUUCUCUGUGCGGACUGUUUCUUUCGACUUCCGCAAGCAUGCAACCCAUCUCUUCUGACGAUAUUUUGAAUCUGAAAUAAAUGGUAUCUAAUUGUCACGCUUUAAGUGUUUGAUGUCGUGUACUGUGGUGUUGUGCUAGUUUACUACUGUAAUUGAGCUGCGCUGUUUAUUCAUUGAUAAGUGUUAUUUUACAUGUCAAAAAUGGUUGUUGAACACAUUCUAUUCUGCUGGCGAACAAUCUCAAUUACUUGAGCUUCAUUUGCUUCUGCAUGUGAGUAGUUUGCAAAAAAAGUAUUAAUUUCAUUUCUCCACUGAUAAUUUCACAAAUACAUUCGUUUUAGAUAUCAGCUGUGGAAUUUUAGACGAUGUAUUAAAAACUGAUGUGUCGACUGUUCGUUUCUAGGCAUCGGUUUCCAUCAAUUUACCAAACAUACUGCAUUUUGUUUUGAUAAUGGAUGAGAGAUGCCACAAACGUAAAAGUUUCAAAAUAUUGAAUAUAAACAGUGUCUGUUGCAAAUUGUCACAUUUUUAGAGAUGAUGAUCGUCAUUAAGUAAUCGAAGCUAAUUAUCAUUUGUGACGAUUUGCUACUGAAAGUGUUUAUACUAAAUCUACUAAGUAUUUGUUUACACGAUGUGGUACUAUUGCUCUUCUGAAUUACUCGAGAUGUACCAUUUAAGUAGGGCCUAUUCCACCUCGGUGCUGAUGGUUCUCAGUGUGUUACUACAUUCCUAAUAGCGAUCAACAGUUUCUUGAGCUAUAGAAGACGGUUUAGUUUCUAUACAGAUUUCGUUGCAUUUACUGUUACAUAUAUAAAAUAUAUACACUAAAUUAAGGUUCUUCUUAAAACUAAGGAAACAGAAGAAGAUAUUGAUGUUUUAAAUGAUAUAAAUGUAUUAUUGUGGGUUGUUAGAUGUGGCAUAAAUGUGUAUUAAAAGAUCUUUUGCAUGUUAAUUGUUAAGAAUGUGUCAAAACUAAAAUCAAAAGUAAUGGAUGUACAUCUAUACCAAAGAUAAAUGUCUUUGCUCCAGUUUUACCCAAAGAAAUUCUUAACUGUAGAUUUAGUCUCAUAGCUUUAUUUGGAGGUGACAUGAAGGAAAUGAUUGAAGGCUGCUGCCGCAGCUGUGCUGAUGGAUAUUUUAAGUAAUUGCGUUGGUCAACUGUAGUGGUAUUAUUUACUUUUAAGUUCGUAUCUAGUUUAGAAAUAAAAUCUUAAUAUCCAAAUGCGCAUUUGUAAAAGAUGUUGGAGCAUUUAUUUUGUAAUUUCUUUUGCACUAGUUUUUCAAUAAAAGACGUUUCUGAUAAAUCUGUAGUCAUUAUAAAAUACCAGCAACUACAUGUCAACGUAUUUCUUUGCAAGCGAUUUGGAGAACAGCUUUUAAAAACUUGCUCAUUAGAUAGUAUUAAACAUUUUUGUAUGUUGAAAUCAUUCCAUAUUCCGCAGAUUCCAAAUAAUUUGUCUAUUGUAUAUUUUUCCUGAAUCUUCCUUUUAGUUUUUGCUAUUCUGAAGCAAAAGUGCGUUAAGUACCAAACGAAUGUAGACGUCGAGUCGCACUACAGGUCAGUCAUCAUGACAACCAUUACUUCUUAUUCACAUUCGUUGGCAUCGCCAACACACAGACAUAUUGUCACAUUCGAUCCUGAUCUAUAUCAGGCCACGCUACAGAACAGCGUAUCACCACAAUGAAGAUUUCGGGGUAGGGCACAAUCACAAACAUGCAGGUGGCCACUCAGAAGCAAAAAUCAUCUCUCAUGACUUAAAAAUAUAAGGUACGUGUAACUUUUUAGAGGACUGAGUAUAUGGUACAAGAAGAAGUUAAUAACAUACUUGUGUUCAACACGUAUUGUGUCUAACAGUGAUUUUAACGGCAAACACUUAGACAACCGUAUGCUGGCGAUCGUGUAAUUUUUCCUCCAAGUAAUAACGUGAAAUGUCUUCUAUAUGCUCAUGCACCGCAGUAGCUGUAAUUUCAAGUUCAGUGUAAAAAAUACAGGUAGAAGAAAGUAAAAGCACAUACACAUGUACUUGAUAUAUAGCUGCUAAAAUCGAUGUAUACCAAGAGAGAACAACCUAAUUAAAAAUGUAAGGCCUCUUCAUACGCUUUGUAGCACAGAAAAAAAGAAAAAA